GGUGCUUUAUCAGCAGUAGUGGCACAGCACUUCUCAGAUUUAGCGCUCUGGCGAGACUUUUAACGUCUGUGUCCUAAAACAUUCUGUCAACAACCCCUUUUACACGUUUGAAACUCUAGUGACUUUGAUGUUGCUGCGGUGGAUUUGCUGUGGGUCCCGUGGGAAUACGAGACUGGCUGAUUAUUGAAAAAAGGAACAGAACAGACCGACUUGGCUGCUUCGCUAACAAUAACAAACGUCUCGCUCGCAGAAGGCACUAGUGGAUGACAGCCAGCCUGGUCUUUGUGAGAGAUCAGCCAGGACUUCUGUUCCUAUUGGCAUUUCUUUACCCGUUUUACUGGACGUUGUGUCUGUGUGUGUGUGUGUGUGUUGCCAGGUUGCUCUAAAGAAGUCGCCCUUUGUGUGCGUCAGGUGUUUGUGUGUGUGUGUGUGUGUGUGUGUGUGUUUGUGUGUGUGAUCCAGGUCCCAUCCCUAUAGCAAUGUUUUGUCUCCAUGGUAAAAUCUCCUGAACGUUCCUUUAGACCUUGACUCAUUGCAGACUGACCUAAGCACCCCCCACCCACCCACCCACCCGGUUUGGCCAAAGCCCUCCCUCAGCACCUCUAGUGUGUCUGUGUGUGUGUCUGUUGUCCAUCAUGUCGCGAGCGGACAUGGCUGUGAACAGCGAAGGUGGCGAUUGGCGACUGAGUGACGACGCUGGUGAGAGGGCGCGGCUUCUCCAGAGUCCCAGCGUGGACAGAGAGGCGCUGCCCAUCCAACCAGAGACCUGCAGGGGCGGGACUUCUGCGGUGGCGGCCGUCUUCAUCGUGGUCAAUGCUGCUCUGGGGGCGGGGCUACUCAACUUCCCUGCCGCUUUCAACAUGGCUGGAGGUAUCAGCGCCGGACUGAUCACGCAGAUGAUCAUGAUGGUGUUCAUUAUCACUGGACUUGUCAUCCUGGCAUAUUGUUCACAGGUCAGUAAUGAGGGCACAUAUCAGGAGGUGGUGCGGGCCGUGUGUGGCCGCUUCAUGGGGGUGGUGUGUGAGGUGGCCAUCGCCGUCUACACCUUCGGCACCUGCAUCGCCUUCCUCAUCAUCAUCGGGGACCAGCUGGACAAGUUGAUCGGUGCGAUUGCGAAGGAGUCUGAAGCAGGGGUGAACGCUCACUGGUACACUGACAGGAAGUUUACCAUCGCCAUGACAGCAGUACUGGUCAUCCUGCCGCUGUCCAUCCCCAAAGAGAUUGGCUUCCAGAAGUAUGCCAGCGCACUGAGUGUGAUUGGCACUUGGUACGUCACCAUCGUGGUCAUCGUUAAGUACAUCUGGCCUGAUCCUGAGGUGACCCCAGGGUACAUCCCUACCCGACCGUCAGACUGGACUGCUGUGUUUAAUGCCAUGCCUACCAUCUGUUUUGGCUUCCAGUGUCACAUCAGUAGCGUUCCUGUCUUUAACAGCAUGAGGAGGCGGGACAUAAAGCCCUGGGGGGGCGUGGUCACAGUUGGCAUGAUCAUCUGCCUCUUUGUCUAUACCGGCACAGGUGUGUGUGGCUUCCUGUCAUUCGGCUCCAACGUCAAUCAGGACGUGCUGAUGUCAUACCCUUCUAAUGAUGUUGCCGUGGCAAUUGCCCGAGCGUUCAUCGUCAUCUGUGUGGUCACUUCCUACCCCAUUCUGCACUUUUGUGGCAGGGCGGUGCUGGAGGGGCUGUGGCUGCGUUUCCAUGGCGAGCAGGUGGAGGUGGAUGUAGCGCGUGAGCGACGUCGGCGUCUACUGCAGACGUUUGUCUGGUUCUUCCUCACACUUGUCCUCGCCCUCUUCAUCCCCGACAUCGGCCGUGUGAUCUCCCUCAUCGGCGGACUCGCCGCCUGCUUCAUCUUUGUCUUCCCGGGUCUAUGUUUGAUUCAGGCUAAGCUGUCUGAAACUGAUGCUAGAUCAGCCAGUUGGAAUGCUCUGGUGGUUUACGGGAUCGUCAUGGUUACCCUCGGAGCCUUCAUCUUUGGACAAACCACUACUAAUUCCAUCUACCAUGACAUCAUCGACAAUUCUGACGGCUCAUAGGCCAAAAGCACUGACCUCAUCAACAUGCUGCUGAUUGGUUGAGGAAGCAGGAACUUCAGAGUAGGACAGUUCACAAAGAGAAGAGGAGAAGAGAGGCAUCAGCAGACUGCUGACACACACACAUACACAAACACAAUCUGCAUGCAGCAUGCCACCCUUUGUCAAAUGUCUCAUUAAUGAAACACACGCACUAGAGAAGGAGACUGACAACAGAGAAUUGUGGCAUCAGUUACUUUUUAAACACUAUUUAUCUGAUUUUAAUGUUUACUAAAAUGAAGACUAGUAAGUAUUUUUAAUCCUUGUCUGGAUGUCCAAACAUUACAAUGGAGGAGGAGGAGUUGCCUUGGGUGUUUUUACAUGACUUUUUGACCUCAGGUCCAGCAUGUGUUGACCCUGAGCCCUACCACAGUCAUCACACAUACUGCUUUCACCUGUGACCUCUGCACCUAUUCAUGUGUGAAUGUGUGUGUGUGUGUGUGUGUGUGUUUUUGUUUUUGUAUAAAUGCAUUAUUUGUAGGGGUUUUCUCCUCCAGGGCCAACAGGAGAAGUGGGGUGUGUAAUGUACAGCCAAAGUGUGUUUUUACUGAGCAGUAGACUUGACUGAAUCAUGUUUGUCUAGCGUGGUUGAAAACCAUGGUUUCCCUGGGGAAGGGACCAUUAUUAAUUUUAAUCAAAGGGAUUUUGUCUUCAGGGGCUAUAUUUGGUUACCAUGAUAACCGAUAAUUAUGUAAUAAUGAGAUGAAUAGUGAUUGGUUAGUUUAGCAUUCCGAUACUAGUCAGUGGAGGGAAAGUUCUGCUUCUAAACGGGUUGAAUGACCUCAUUCUUACAAAUUAUUUGACUGUUGGAUGUAAAAGCAAUCGGUGGAACUCUCUGGAACGAGUGUCUCAAAUCUCGACCUAGGCCAUCAUGGCCGUGCUGAACAUUUAUUUUUUAUUUUUGUUUUGAUGAAUGUUAGUCUGCACUUUGCCUUAUUUUAACUUGAAACGGUGGUAAUGACACACCUGUUGUUUCCCCUCCUUUUUGUGGAAGGAGACUUGGAAUCAUUGACACUGCACCCCAACCUGUACAUCAGUGUUGAUACUCAGAACUCUAGUGUAUUAUUGAAUGUGGAUGUGAACAAGUAUUGGGCCUUGUAUUGGUCUAAAUGGCUUUACAGUUUCUAUGGGAAAAAUCUAAUGACACUUGAAAGAAUAAAAAAACCUGAUACCCAA